AGGCCGCUUACACGACUCGCUUCUAAUUCUCAAGGUGAACUUCAACAAAAUGGGAAAAUAUUACUGAAAAUGUCUACGUGUUUGCAACAGAAUUUUGAUUGUGCAAGACAAGAGCGUUUUAUCUCUUCAAUGCUACAGCGUUUUUGAUCAUUAAGAUAAUACACAUCUGAAGUCAUCCAAUCGGAUUGCUGCAUCCAAAAACAUCGGUCUGAAGGUAAACACAGGGAUGAUACUUGGAAAACAUAAUAUUAGAGGUAACUGUCAAGAUUUUGUCAUUUUUGUUCAUUUAAUCGUCUAGGUUCACUUGGUAAUCUCUUCCUUUCUUGAACAAAAUAAAUCGUCACGAUAGCCAAAUUAACUUGCCAUCCUCAUGAUCUACAUUGAAUACAUUAAAAAAUGCUCACCCGCAAUGCAUACAUCUAGAUCUCACGUUAGAGAGCAUUAACUACGUAGGAUAAUAUUCAGAAGUCAUACAACGUUUGAUUAUUAAAGUGAAAGACUGUAUAGAAAAAUAACCCGCAAAGAUGGCUGCGGUCAGCCAAGAUCUAUCUGUCGUCUGGAAUAAUUUCUCUCGUAUACCUAUGGACAUCGCUGGCUUCGAUGGAAGUCGUUCAGCUCUCCAACCUCUAUGGGACGGACUCCGGAGCUUCUUUGGUGACGAGGUCCUCUGCUCACCGGCGUUCCCCGUCGGAAUGGCCAUCAGUUAUUACUUCACUCUCUGCCUCAUUUACAUGUUCCUCGACCUGUAUGGCGUCAAACACUGGGCAUGGCUUCGCAAGUACAAGCUUCACCAGGACAUCAAUGUGACAGCACCGCAGCUCUACACCACCUUGGUACUCACCAUGUGGAACCAUGCCCUCUAUAUCGUCCCAGCUGGAGUGCUCCAGUACAUCUACUCACCGCCCUUUCCUCUUGAUGACGACGCCCCGCUCCUGACGCAGUUCCUCUGGGACCAGACAAUCAGUCUCUUCCUGUUCGAUCUCUCCUACGGCGUCCUCCACUACUGGUUCCACACCAAUAGGUGGGUGUACCGGGCAAUUCAUUCGGUCCACCAUCAGUACCAUUCCCCGUUCUGCUGGGUAACCCAGUACCUCCACCCCGCCGAACUCAUCUUCGUCGGCGCCACCACGGCCAUCAUCCCCAAGAUGCUCGGAGUCCACACCCUCAGUUACUUCGGCUUCCAGCUCUUCAAUAUCUGGAUAAGCGUCGAGGCGCACUGCGGCUACGAGUUCCCCUUCUCCCUCUCACUCAUCGUCCCUUUCAACAUCGUAGCCGGACCCCGCAAGCACGAUCUCCACCACAUGAAGCCGAUGUCGAAUUACAUGCCACAUCUGACGUGGCUGGAUAAGCUGAUGGGAUGGGAGUUCAAUGGAUACGAUACGAAGAAACAGAAGAUUGCAACGAAAUAAUGUAAUUUCUCUAUUCAGUAAUUAUAAAUGUCACGUGUAAGCCUACAUGUUUAUUCCUUUUCCUCAAUGUAUUUUCAUAUUUUUAAUUUGUUAAAAAAGUGAUAUUGUUCUUAAUAUAUACAAAUGAUAAGUUUUUUUUUUUUUUUU